ACAUCAUGUCAGCUAGGGAUGGUCCACAGAAAGUCGCUCCAGCUGUUGGCCAUAACAGUGUCCUUGUUCACCUUAGGCACCCCCUACAAUAAGCGUGAGGUUCAACCAACCGAGAUCACGGACGAGAUAGGACCCGACAAUAUCGAGAUGGGACCACAGUUAGAAUUUAUAGGAGAGCUUUACGAUAUGACUCGAGCCCUCGGCAAAUCAGCUAUAUUAUCGUGCAAAAUUAGUGGUGAACCACCUAUGAACUUGUACAUCAUGCACGACCGAAUAGCUUCAUACAGAAAUAAACAGAAAAAGAGGAAUCUACCUUCGGAAACGAUCUACGACCCAGCGAAACCUAACGAAUUAUCUGUAAUCUACAGACUUGAUAACUUGCAAGGAAAACACGAAGGUGUUUACAAAUGCCAAGGAGAGUCGAUUAACGGACAGAUUUCAAUAUCAGCUAUGACUUUAACCCUUGUAGAUCCAUGUGAAGGAGUGGAAUGUGGAUUCAGGGAGCAGUGUGUCAACGUCAAGGGAAAUGGUAUCUGUACCUGCGACUUCCCUUGCGGGGAGACGUACGAACCAGUGUGCUCUGAUGGCAUCACUUUCGGAAGUAUGUGUCAUCUUGAGAGAUCAGAAUGUAGAAAGGGGGCGUAUGCAAAGGAGAUUUCUACAGGAGCCUGCGCCGAUGUCGAAGAUCUACCUACCGAGGGAACCUGUACCCUAUCUGGAGAAGGACAUGUUUCUAAAUUCAACGGAGACUUUUUCACUUUCAAAGGUGGUUGCCCGUACAAGAUGGUGGAGGAUACCCGAGGAGGAACAUUCAUUGUUUACGCUAUGACGGAAAUGUGCGGAGAUACCAACCAAGCUAUCUGUCUCAGAUCUGUUACGAUCUAUGUAGACCGUAUUUACGGUUUCUCUAUCGAGCGAGGAUGGGUCAUAAACGACAACGGACGAAGGAGGAACGUGAUGAACGGAGAGAGGAUCAUUCUGGGAGGAGGAGCUGUUUCUAUUACCAGAGAUGGCAAAACUAUGGUGGGAAAGAUCGAGAACAAACAGAUUGAGUUCUUCUACGAUGGUCUCAACUACUUCAAACUGUCUGUCCCUCUUGACUUUGUUUCGAAACAUGACGAUUUUGCCGGGUUCUGCGGACCAAUCCCUGUGGACUACGUACCAGGUGUAGGACGAGACAUCAGUACCGUGGAAGAUAUUCCCAUGCCUGCUCUUGGAAGUGAAGAACUGUGCAAACCCGAGUUUGGAGCACCAGUAUGUUCGGAUCCCGAAAUACCCUCUCAAGUCAGACAAGCGUUCAUGGAAAAUGAUGAAAUAGCACCCUGCACUACAAUAAUCCCCGUUGACCUCUACCUGGAGCAAGCUAUACAAGACACGUGCGGAUGUGACAUGAAGAAUGGCCACAACUACUGCUUCUGCAACAUACUCUACUCGUAUGCUGAAGACUGUCGACAGGCUGGGGUGGACAUUGACUUUGCUAAAGUCGGUGAUCACUGCGAAAAAUCAUACCACAAAGACGUAUUCAAAUCUGAGGGAAUCAGCUACAACCGAAGACGAUGGUAUUAUCAGCACAAAAAGAGGGGACAUUAACCGAACAUUACAAAGUAGUGUAAACCUCCUUAAAGACCACCAAUAUUACCUUAUCAUCGCCAUUCCUGCAAAUGCAGACGAAGAUUACCAGCCAAAAUCUAAAACGCUAAAAAGUAAUAAAACUCAACAUCAGUUAAUGGAAAGCAACAAUUUUAACGUUUUUAAAGGUUUUUAAACUUUUUAUUUACAUUAAAUGGGGGCGAUGAAUUUACAUUUGAUGAUGUGAAGAAAGGAAUUAAAAAUAAACUAUAUAAAAUUAAUGUAUUUGGAAAACUAUUACAUUUUUCAAAUAAUCGUGAAGAGGCAAGAGCCGGUUGAAAAUUGUGGUUGUAUGCAGUUAAGUUUUACAUUUUGCUGUACGUUUUGUUAUAUAUGAUCAUUGACCGUAUAAAGACUACCAAGGCUCCCAUGCUUUGUGCAAAUAGUUUCAUACUUUAAGCAUAUUAUCGGCCAUCGCUUAUCUAGGUAAAUUUACAUUAUUUAUUUGUAAUUUAAUUUGUUUUCACGAAUUCGCAACUGAAUAGAUUGAUAGGAGCAUUUAAGGAUUUUAUAUAUUAUGUACAUACCGUAUGGUUGAACACAGUGGCGUCACAUAAGCUUGGCUAUCUCGGCUACAGAAAUCGACCUCGUAUUUUUAAUGGAAGAUAGAACCCCACUUUUCAGGUAAUAUUAAAUAUUCCAUCACAGUUACGCCACUGGUUAAUCAACUGUACCCGAAUACGCGUCCUCAUAUAUCGGUCCAACUACGGCAACUACUAGUCGAAAGUUUGCAUAAACUUUUAGAUGUUGCAAUGACUAGUAGCCGGUGAAAAGUUUAUCAAAGUGACUAAUUUUAAAAUAUAUGAGGACCUAUCUGGGGUAUGUACAGUAUGGGAAUCUUUGUAUAUACUAUAUAGUAUCAUUAAUAAAUAGGUUAUUAAAUUGAGAGAAAGAAUGUAGAUGAGAACAAAAGCCGGGGACGGGUUAUUUUACAGUUUUGUUAUUUCAAAUGAAAAAUAUAUCAUCCAAAUUUUACGGUUCAUUUAAA